UAAAUUUCCUCUUCUUCACCAAUUUUUUUCUUCUUCUUCCCCAUUAUUGUUCUUCUUCUUCCCCAUAAAUCUAUAAAUCAAGCAUUUGAAUCAAAAACCAAACCUUCCAAUAUCGUCUUCCAUUUCAAGGCCUAGCAAAUAUGUUUCUUUUCACUCCACUUCUGUGAGUAAUCAUCGAGGGAGAAAUUUGUGUGUCAUGGUCGUAUGGUGUCCUUCCAUUGCAAGAAUGGAGCUAACAAAGGAAGGCUUUUCUGGAGAUGUCCAUAUUGGCAGAUUCAUGAAACUUGUAAUUUAGUCAUAUUGAAUGAAGACUUAGAAGAAGGAAAAGAUGUUGAAGAAGCUGUAAAUGAAGAUGGGAAGAAGACGAAGGACUUGGAAGCUGUUGAAAUUUGGAAGGAGUUUUAUGAAACGUCAAAUAAGAAGAAUAAGAAACUUGAGAAGAACUUGAAGUCAGAGGAAUUUGCUGGAAAAUGGAAAUUGAUCUUGAUUGUAUUUUCAUUUAUGCUCAACAUGCACUUGAUCAUGAAGUGUGACGGUUGAUAAAUGUAUUAAAAUGUAACGGGAGUUGUUAUUAAUAGAAAAUUGGUGAUUUUCUUGGUUA